AUGUCUCGAUUCUCAGCACUAGAUUUUCGUCUGCUGGCUAUGUCCCAGUUUCAGAUUUUGACAUUGUUGUGUCAAAUUGCAGCAUCGACUGUUAGUAAUGAUAUCAAUCAAUUUCUUACACAACAAAUGGUUACUAAUCAAGUUGUAUCACGUCAAGUGCUCGAGGUUCAGAUUAUAGCACUAGUCGAACAAAUGCAAACUACAACUGUAGCGAAUGUGAAAUACAUCGAUCAGUUGGUGUCCCUGGUUAUUUUCAAUAGUGGAAUUAUGUCAGCUUUGAAUACUAACAGAUACCUCAUCCAGAAUCCAUUAGUAUCGAGCUACUACAUUCAACACGGGCAAUAUUUUGUUGGAGAUUAUAAAGUCAGCAACGCUUCGCAUCUAAAUAAUACGGCUUGCGAUUGUACGUUGAUGUCAAACUGCACUUUUCAAGCUGGUUUCUACAACUACUCCAUUCGUCCUCCACAGAAUGUAGCUGCCUUGUAUGUGCCUUCGCCACCACCUAUGUUUAUCGUGCCAGGUAUGUUGGUUGGAUGCCUACCUCAUGAUUCAAUGCUUCAGUCGACACUGGAGUGUUUUUACAAUCGUUCAUGUCUCAAUCUCAUUGGUAUCUCGCAAGCAAUUGCCCCACUCAAUGCGACUGUUCCAUCUCGCUUUAGAGUCAAUACAACCGUUAAUACUAUGUUCGACCAGCUUUUUAUUGAAACAUGGGGAAAUUCGAGUAAUUUCACGAGUUACUACGAUGCAUGUCGUCCGGAAGCAUGCUCCUACACCUAUACAGAACGUGGUAAUUUUCUUUAUACAAUGACGAUCCUGGCCAGUCUUAUCGGAGGUCUUGCAACAAUACUCGGUAUUCUUGUUCCUCUUCUCGUACAAUUCUUUCGUCGUUUACUAGGUAAAUGCCGAGGUGAUACAAUUCAUACAAUAGACAGUGAUCCUGCAGGUAGGCGACUUUUUUACUUUUCCUGA